UCUCAAAUAGUUUUAAAAUCUGUUAAUAUAACGUGUUAAACUCUUAUCAUAUGGUAAACUUUUAAAGAGCCGGCCAACCUAGAGCCGGCUUCGGCUGCGUGUCUGCGGUGUACCCACGAAAACAAACAACUGAACUUUUGCAAACCCCGGCGUUUAUUGCAUCAGACUGAAUGGUGAUGGCUAAUUAGUUCAUUUUGCAGUGAUAAUCGGUCACAAAAACAAUACAUAUAACUGAUUACAAAAACUAUACAUAUAACUGAUUAAUAAAAUAUAUGAGCAUUCUGCUGAAGAAAUCGUUAGGAUUAGAACUGCUUAUUUUAACUUUAGAGCGUGGUGAAAUCAGCAGAUAUAAUCAACGAAACGGAGUAAAUAAAUACCUACAUUGUAUUAUCUAAAACAUGGAGACCAAUAAGGUUUACGCUUAAUAAAAAGAAUGAAAACGUUAUGAGAGCCUGAUCGAAGCGCCGAGGUGGCGCUGCUUUGUCAGUUAACGGCCAGCUCCAAGGCAGUGACGGGGAAACUCUGACGUUCACACGCAGCGGAAAAAGAACAGCUCCUCGGUUCUGAAUCUCCGAUCAGAGACCCGACCAGGUUUUAUACCCACUUUUUCUGGACACUCACAGAACACGUUUUAAUAGAAGAGGCUGAUGCAUUAAGACAAUCUUGUAUGUGGAAGAUUAAAAACACUGUUUUAUUUCAUAUCUACAUGACCCCUGGAUUUUUCCGCAACAAUGGAGGCUUUCAGACGGUACGUCGUUCCCGGUGUUUUUGUCGUCUUUUCAGUCGUUCAGCUCGUUUUGACCUCAGUGACUCAUUAUUCUAUACCUGAAGAAAUGAAGGAAGGUUCAGUCGUUGCUAACCUCGCGACUGAUCUGAGGCUGGACGUGAAAACGCUGAACGAGAGGAAGAUGCGGCUUGAUAUCGUUGCGAACAAAAAAUAUCUGGAUGUGAACAAAGAGACUGGGGAGCUGUAUAUUAUGGAGAAAAUAGACAGAGAACUUGUUUGUUAUUCAAAGUCAUUAGCGUCCUGUUAUCUCCGACUGGAGGUCACCUUAGAAAACCCAAUAAGGAUUUUUAAUAUCGACGUGGAGAUUUUGGACAUGAACGACAACGCCCCGCAAUUUCGCAGAGACACAAUUUAUCUGGAUGUAUCAGAAGCGGCGCCUAAAGGAGAGAGAUUCUCGCUCAGUAACGCAGUUGAUCCUGAUGUUGGAUCCAAUUCAGUGAAAACAUAUUAUUUAAGUGAAAGUGAAUAUUUUAACAUUGAGGUGCAGACUGGAAGAGAUGGAUCAAAAAAUUCAGAACUGAUUUUGUUAAAACAGUUGGAUCGAGAGCAGCAGGCCGUCCAUAAUUUAACACUCACUGCUGUAGACGGAGGAAAACCAGCUCGUUCAGGCACCGCCAGCGUUAUUGUUCGUGUUUUAGAUACAAAUGAUAAUAAACCUACAUUUGAUAAAUCCCUGUAUAAUGUUAAAAUCAUGGAAAACUCCCCGAUUGGAAGUCUGGUUCUUCAUCUUAAUGCCACAGAUUCUGAUGAAGGAUCCAAUUCAGAUAUAACUUAUUCAUACAGUUUAUAUACAUCAGAGAAAACUCAGGAAAAAUUUCAUUUGAAUCCAACUAGUGGUGAAAUUACUGUGAGGGGAAUGUUGAACUAUGAAGAAUUCAACAUUUAUGACAUGGAAGUGAUAGCAACAGACAAAGGAGCCAACAGUUUAUCAGGUCAGUGUACCAUAAAGAUUCUAGUGGAAGACAUGAAUGAUAAUCAUCCUGAAUUAUCCAUCAAAUCCUUUCAGAGUCCAGUGAGUGAAGACAUCAAGUUAGACACAGUGAUCGCUGUAGUGAGUGUGAGUGACAAAGACUCAGGGGAAAAUGGAAUAGUUGAUCUUCACAUUCCUGAUAAUAUGCCUUUCAAACUGAAAAAGUCCACUGAUAACUAUUAUGAAUUAGUGGUUUCAGAGGCUUUAGACCGUGAGAAGGUCCCAGAAUAUGACAUCACCUUCACUGUGACAGACAGAGGUUCUCCACCUUUGUCUGACAAUGAAACCAUGACUUUAGAGCUGCUGGAUGUGAAUGACAAUGUCCCACAGUUCCCCAAGUCCUUUUAUACCAUCCGUGUGAUGGAGAAUAAUGCCCCUGGGGCCCUGUUGGAGUCUCUGAGUGCGUUUGACCCUGACCUCCAUGAAAACCAGUAUCUGGUUUACGUCAUCAUAGAAAAGGAGAUCGCCAACACCUCCAUGUCCAUGCUGUUCUCCAUCAAUCCAGAGGAUGGGAAACUUCACGCACUGAAAACCUUUGACUAUGAGAUUGAGAAGGAGUUUCAUUUCCACAUCGAGGCCAGAGACUCUGGCUCUCCUCCUCUCAGCAGUAAUGUGAGCGUCCACAUCAUCAUUGUGGACCAGAACGACAACGCUCCUGUCAUUGUGUCUCCGUGGCGUGCACACGGCUCUGUGGUGGAGGAGAAGAUUCCCAGAUCCACAGAUAAAGGCUCCCUGGUUGCCAAGGUGAUCGCUUUGGACACGGACUCUGUGCACAACUCUCGGAUUACAUACCAGUUCCUCCAGGUGACUGAUGCCACCUUGUUCAGUCUGGACCAAUACAACGGAGAGAUCCGGACCAUGAGGAUGUUCAGUUACAGAGACCCGCGCCACCAGAGACUGGUUAUUGUUGCCAAGGACAACGGGGAGCCAUCUCUCUCUGCUACAGUCACCAUCAAGCUGUCAACAGAGGAGACUGCUGUUAAGGCCUACUCUGACAUGACUGAGGUGCCUCUGGAGUAUGACAUCUUUUCAGACCUCAACCUGUAUCUGGUGAUUGGUCUGGGCUCGGUGUCUUUUCUCCUGCUCAUCACCAUCUUGGUCACCAUCGUGCUGAAGUGUCAGAAAGCCAAGCCCAGCAAAGCGGCUCCUCCCAGCAGGAACAGUGUGAUCAGUGAGAGGAACUCCACCAUCGCAGACUCCACUCUGGUGUCCAAUGAUGCCUACUGGUACAGUCUGUUUCUGGCAGAGACCAGGAAAGGGAAGCUGGUGGUUAGACAGCCUGUGCCAAAGGGCUCCAGAUACAUCGUGUCCAGCAUUCCAAGAGGGACAGGACUCACAGACACUAGUGACUCAGCUGCUUCCACUCUGCAGGUAUUAUGCCAAAGUUUUAUCCGACAAAAUUUUCUUUUCCAUUCUUUCAGACUAAUACAUGAGUAUAAGUUAUAGAUGUGAACAGAAUUU